AUGGCCGGUGGUAUUGCGAUGCUCCCGAGCGGCGGUGCCCACGAUGCACCGACCGAAGGCUCCCGCACGUACGCGAUCGUCGUCUGCGUCUUUGCGUCCCUCGGCGGUAUCUUCUUUGGCUAUGACCAAGGCGUCACCGGCGGUGUCCUCGUCAUGGAUUCGUUUCUGAAUGAUUUUUGCGUCGACUACGACGGCAACUCGUACACGAACUGCACGGCCGCCUCGGCCGACCUCCCGGACAACUGGUCGACCUUUACGACCUUGUACAACGUGCUCUACUACAUUGGCUGCAUCUUUGGUGCGUACCUCGGCGGCUACAUUGCCGACAAGUACGGCCGCCGCGCGACCAUCUUCUCGGCCGCUUACAACACAGCGCUCUCUUCGUCGCAUCCGCAUGUCUUUGCGACUUUUCAUGCGGAAGCAACCACUUGA